CUGUCUGCUAAUAUUGUCAGUUACCAUUUGCACUGAUCAGCGUCUGUUCCAGAGUAAAACGAAUCAUCAUCAGUGGUAUCCUCAAUUUGGUCUCUGACAAGCUGUUUGUAUUAUCUAGCUGAUAUAUGUGAUAUGUGAUAUAUAUAUAUACUAACCGCCAAGUCCUAGCCGAACGAGGUCGAUUUCACAAGUUAGGGAAAUUCAAAUUGCAUGUUUCAGUGAUGUCAUAUAAAACAAACUUGAGGAAGUAAAGGCCAGUGACUACCAAUCAGAUAGACCACAAGACAAAGGCAUGGCAGCAGAAAAUUUCACUAAAUCUGAUGGUGAUUCUCAAAGUGGACUUGAACUAAUGAUUGGUCACCAAGCAAGAACUCUCACACCUGAAGAGACAGCAAAGCUUGAUAAAGACCAGACCCUUGUUUCUGAAUUUAAGCAGAGGAAGUUUGAACUUGAUGCACAAAAGAAUUGGGAUUUGUUUUAUAAACGGAAUACAACCAAAUUCUUCAAGGACAGACACUGGACAAAAAGAGAGUUUUCAGAACUGAUCAGUGAGAAACAGGACUACUGUGUGAAGACUGUACUGGAAGUUGGUUGUGGUGUUGGCAACUUCAUUUUCCCCCUCCUGGAGGAGGACAAAAAUUUGUACUUUCAUGCCUGUGAUUUCUCCAAGAGAGCCGUGGAAUUUGUCAAGUCUCAUCCCCAAUAUGAUGCUGCUCGCUGCAAUGCCUUCCAGUGUGACCUGACUGCCGAUGACCUCCGUGACAACGUGCCGCCGGACACGGUAGAUGCUGUGUCCAUGAUCUUUGUGUUGUCAGCCAUACACCCAGACAAGAUGCUUGCAGCUCUCCACAAUGUCUUCCAGGUGACCCGGCCUGGGGGGUGCAUCUUGUUCCGAGACUAUGGAUUGUACGACUAUGCAAUGCUGAGAUUUGCCCCAGGACAUAAACUGUCAGACCACUUCUACGUGAGGCAAGAUGGCACGCGGGCAUAUUACUUCUCUUUAGAAAAGCUUGAGGGUAUGAUGACGUCUGCAGGUUUUACUGUCAGCAGGAACGAGUAUGUCAAGCGAGAGACUGUCAACAAGAAAGAGGGAAUAUGUGUUCCACGGAUAUUUGUUCAGGGAAAAUUUGUGAAACCGAUAGCUACAUCUGUGGAUACUGACAAACAAUCUUUGAUCACCUCCACAAACUCUGACAAUACUCCAACAUUGUGUGAAGCUACAUUCACCUCCACAAACUCUCAGGAUACUCUGCCAGAUUGUGAUAUUAGCGACUCGUCAGACAAAUCCAGUGAACACAUCACCUAACGUUUGUUUUGUACCAUAGAAUAAAUGUGUUUGUAAUUGUCA